UGGCUCAGGCGUGCAGAGGUGUCUGGUUUUAAUCAGGGCGGGCGCUGUUUUCCAGUUCCCUCACAUCGGGAUGACGCAGAAGACGCCCGAGUCCAUCACGAGCGCCAUGCUCAAGGAGCCCCACAACCCUCACUUCUCUCGGCAAAUGGAAGGGAAGCUGCCGCCCAUCUACAAAGUCCCAGAGAAGCAGGUCCACAGCAAAUUCCCCUUCUCCGUGCACGACAACCGGCACAGCCUGCAGAAUUCGGGAUACUACCUGGACUCGGGCCUAGGACGUAGGAAGAUCCCCCCAGAAAAAAGGCAACACAAUUCGAAAAAUUUCAAUCUCUGGGCGUCUGACUAUGUCCCAUCUUGUCUUGACGGCUUUUCAAAUAACCAAAUAUCGUACGUCUGCCACGAAGCCUUGGUGGUGCCGAUUUUCAGACGCUUCCCGAGACAGUACGGUGAGAUAUGGAGCACUUUCAAGUUCAUUCCUGAGCGAAGCUAUGCCGAGUUUUUGAAAAAGAAGCCAAAAGUAAGGUUCGCUAUUGACAAAAAGGCCGAUUCUUCACUGGAGCCCUGAUCCUUCCGGAAGAUUCUUGACGAGUUUCCUGACACUGGCCUUUCGCUGGACAGUCUGAUCCAGCACAGCCGUUCCGCGCAAGGUUUGUGAGAACGAGAGGCUGACCGUGCCUCCCGCUGAGGCCAAGUGUCCUCGCGGCGAGAACGUACAGGCCACGUCCUCACACGGAGAGACCAGAGAAGCAGCGAUGACGGGAGCACUCGCUGCCUUUAAGAUAUGAUUUGUGACUUUUAAUUCCGUUGAAAAAUAUUCAGGUCCUUAUACAAUAAAAAUAUGUGAAGAUA